CGUUGGCAAUAUUGCUCUGUAAUAUUAUCGAGAUCAUAACUAUUGCCUGCGGAGACUGAAUGUUACGGCGAACAUCAAAUGCCAUUUCUCAUGAACCGAUUCUCAUCGCUAAGUAAAUGUAAACAAAAUUUGUAAUUACUAACAGCUUUUAAGAAAUAUAAAACUAGAUGAGCGACCCAAAAUGAAACAAGAAAAUUGUGUUGAUAAGGAAACGAUCGAAUAUACUCACACCACGGUGCCCUCAUCAAUGAGAAGUCCUUAUUGGAAGUAUUUCGGAUUUCCUGCGGAUAGUACUAAUAAAAUAUUGACUCGCCAAAAAAUUAUAUGUACAAUAUGUGGUACUGCCAUUACAUACAACAAAAAUACGUCUAACCUUCGUACUCAUCUUAUAUCGCGGCACCCUGAGACACUGCAUCAAAUGCAUCAUCAUCAAAGACAGCGGAACCCAGAGUUCUCUGAUAGUUGUGACAUGACUGAUGGUGGUGAUUUUAAUGGUGCCGCUAUUUUGAGCGAAAUCGCAAAGGAUGAAUGUAACUCGGAUAAAUUAUAUUCACAAAGACAAAAUAAUAAGGCUGAUCCCAAUGUCAGCAGCCUAUUAAAAAUAAGACGACUUAAUACAGUUAGUCAGGACACCGAUCAAGCAUUAAUUAGUGCUCAAGAGCUUAACGUCGAACUAAUGUCUGCCAAUGUUGAACAUAGAGUAGAUUUCUCAACUGUUGAAAUUGAUUGUGAUUCUAAUUAUCACUCUGUAAAACACCAUAACAAGGAAAGUGACAAAGAUGUACAUGAAGCGAUUACAGAAAAUGAUACCAGUUAUGAAUUUUUAAAUUCGGAAGCAGAGAAUGAAUUGAAAAACGAUGAAAAUAUUGAAAUUAAUUGCCCAAAUGACUUUAAUGUUGGGGAUAUUAACCCCGACGAGGUUGCAUUAACAGAAAGUGAAGCAGUAUUAAUUGAUAAUGAGAUUUCGCCAAAACCGAUGUUUGUAUAUUGCAGUGACUCAUUGCCAUGCUCAAUUGACUUGACAAAAAAAUCAAAUGUAAUAAUACACAACGAACUCCUUGUAAAUAUGUUGGUCUCCGAUUUACUGCCGCUUAGCGUGCUUCAUGGUGUGGGCUUCAAACAACUACUCAAUACCGUUGGUUUUGUCAAUGUGGAUAAAGAGCGAGUUGAAAGUAAAAUAUUGGCUGAAUAUUCACAAAUGAGGUGUGCGCUUAAAAAAUACAUUGCUUUCAAUUUGUUGCAACAAGAUAAAUCCUAUUCAUUCAGUAUUGAGAAUUUUAAAAGUAAUGAGGAAACCGACAUAUUAAGUGUUUAUGUAAAUUUUCACAUAUUUGAUGUUGAAUAUAAAUUAGAGAGUAUUUUAUUAGAAGAAAUUGUUUGUAACAAAGAUACAGAGUUAACGCGGUUGCUACAAGACUUUGACCUUAGCCGUUGUGCAGCGAUUGUAACAACUAACACAAAUAACACAAUUGUUAAGGAUUUCGCUCUUGCAAAUGGUAUCGAAAUUGUACCAUGUGUAGGUACCAUGUUGACCCGGUGUCUUUCUUUGAUCUUCCAACAAGAAGUAGUAUCAGAAUUAUUUCAACAGAUUUUUGAAAUAAGUGAGAAGAAUUUAAACCUAUCAACUGUGAGAUUAUAUUGCCCGUGGUGGAAAUUAAAACUGCUUCAAGAUUUUUUCGAUAGUCCUUUAGCGGCAGAUGAAAAAUACAAAGAAAUGUCAACGGAACUGGGACCUUUCAUAACAUACAUUAAACCCUUAAAGAUUACGUUUGAUACAAUAAACUCGGAGCAAAUGCCGUUCUGUACACUUGUGCGUCCAUUGAUUAUGCAACUAUUCGAUGAGCAUUUUUUAAAAUUCAAUACGAAAGACAAUGCUUAUUUGCAAACGGCCCAAAAAAUUGUUAGUUCUGAGUUACGUAAUGGCAUUGCUGGUUGUUCGUUUUUUUCUGAAGCGGUGCUUUUUGAUCCGCGAUUUCAACAUGAUUUCAUUCAAUCCAGUCCACAGCCAACGCUACAGAAACAAAGCGACAGUUUUGGCAGUAUUCAUCGUUCAGAUUUAAUACUGUCUGUAUAUAAUCGAUAUCCACAUCUGCUUAAGGAGUUAAACUUAAAAGUAAAACUGGAACAAAAUCAGCUAUGUACUUCGCCACAAACAGUAUCUAAAUCAUGUUUGCGAUCGUUUUUCCAACGUAUUAGCAAUCCCGUGGGUGAAGUGAAUAUUCAAAACAUUAACAACACGCAUUCGAAGCAAUCUCAGCCGAAAUUCGCUAUCGAUUUGGAAUUUAAUCGAUACAAAUGUGAACAAACGUUAGAUUUAGAACUAUGCCCACUGAUUUGGUGGAAAUCACAUUCUGAACGCUACAAAUUGCUGCAUAAAAUCGCAAAUUAUUAUUUGAGUGUACCGUGUUUAACACCACGGUGGCUAACGAGCACUCACGAAGAGGUGGAAGUUGUUGAUAGCAGCAAGUGGUGGCAAAAAAGUAAGACUCUUCAGUAUCUUCACGCAGCAGAAAAGUGCAUAUGGUAUUUGCAUUACAAUCGUAGUAUAUAUAAUAAAAUUCUACCCAAAUCGUCCAAAGACCAGUCUGUGUGAAAAUGCUAUCAUCAUACUGAUGCAAUAUUUUGAAAACGAUGUAAGCAAUCCGAAUAAUAGCGAUAACGAUAAGAGCGCAUUAAAAUUAAUAUUCGAGAAAUUAUUGUUUGGCUAUUUACGUAAUUAUUUCUAGUAAAUAAAUAAAUUUAAAUACAUAUUAGAUGUAUGUAUAAGACAUGUAAAUGUGCUUUACUUUUGGCCAUUUUCAAAAGCAAGACAGCUUAAAAAAAUUGUUAUUUAUGUAUUUCCAAGUAACGGUGGUUUCAUUUAUUCAAACAAAUGAUUUAAAUAAUUCUGUAGUAUACAUAUAUAAAAUUGUUUAUUUGAUAUUUCUUUAAUUUUGAAAUUGUUAUAAGUAUAUUUUAAAUACUUUGUUCUGGUAUGUUUACAUAAAGGACUGAAAAUAAUUAAAGUUAGUAUUCUAUAUGUGAAAUUUGGCUUAAGUGGUGUUUUCAUCCUUAAAAAUUUUACGGCAGCAUCAUUCUUAAAAAUUCACACUAAAUGUGGUACAACUUCAGAAAAUGCAGGAUAGAAAUUAUAUUUCUAAUGGGUAUUCAAAUUCAUAGUUACAAGUAUCAUUUACAUUUUUUAUUUUUAUUAAACUAUUUUUACUUCUGUAUAGCCGUAAACAUAGUACGUUGUUUUUAUUCAGAUACUAUUUAAGUAUAUAUGUAUAUGCAUGCAUGAAACUCGGAACGAACUUGAUAGAAAAGUAAAAUAUAAUACUUUAUUUAUUAUUAUGUUUUUGUUUUUGUAAUUUCCCAUUUAUAUCUUGUUAUAUUCUGCAUAUUGUGCUCUAUGAAUUUUGUUUGCAUUUAUAAAACCGAUCAACUUUUCAUAUAUAUCUUUUAUAGCUAGUGGUGAGGAUGUGCUUUACGAUUUUAUAGUGACAUGAAGUUUUUGUUUACUGAUAAAUAAAAAUCUGUCCUAAUA